UAAAACUCUACCAUUGAAUAUAUGCAAAUGACAAACGGGUUUAUAUCCAUCUGCAAAAAAUGAUCUUUACAUAUAACACCAUUAAUAGCUAAAUUGGGCUUCCAUUGAAUGAGGCUUUUGGCACUUCAUAAAUUGCUCUGGCUUGAAUAAUUCAUCACUGCCACUGAAUCUUUUUUAUUUUUGGUUUGGCGUUUUCUGUGGUUGCCUGCCACAUGUUUGAUAAAAUGUCUAGCCGAGAAUCCAUCAAAUUCACAGGACUAUCCAGCUUUCAGAGCUGAUUGUCGCGAAUUUUGCGAAGUGGGUAAUUUUUAGAAAAAAAUUUAACCCAGUGGGUCGUCUUUGGUUUUGAUUUUUUGGCAUUUUUCAUGGAUCAAUUCCUGGACUUCUGCAGCAUAAACAUAGAUUUUUCUCUCAUGCGCAUUUCUAUUAAGACUGUGUUUUGCCUUCAGUAUUUGUAUCGCUGUUAAUUCCCAGCGGUCGGUGAUUCUAUAGCUCUAUCUCCUUCCUCUUGCAUUGAGUUUUUGUUCUUUUCUUUCUAAAAUAUUAUUGAUGUAUCUUUUAGGAAAAAAGCCAGAGUUUGCCCACGUAAAACAUACAGACUUUUUCGUGUUCCGAAUGGGUUCUAUUUUGCUGAGGAUUGAUUUUUCUAGGCUGUUUUGGGUUCUGUUUGGACUGUUUUCUUAUGAGAAUCAUGAGGGAAAGCCCAGGAUAUAAUAGCGGUUACUGCAACACUUUUUUGUCGGCACCGCUGUGUCCUGUGAUGAGUUGUUGUCACACCUGUAAGAGCCCUUUUCAGUUAUUUCUCUGGAAGUAGUUUUCUUUUGCAGACAUGCCUGAAUACAGAAAUUUUUACAUUGGUGCUGAUGGAGAUCCCGACUGUCAUUUCGUGGAGAUGGAUCCAGCUGGUCGCUAUGGUCGAUAUAAUGAAGUGCUUGGGAAAGGAGCUUUCAAGACUGUCUACAAGGCUUUUGAUGAAAUAAAUGGAAUGGAAGUAGCUUGGAACCAAAUAAAUGUUAAAGAUGUUCUUCGGACCCCAGAGGAUUUGCAGAGGAUAUACUCAGAAGUACACUUGCUUAAGACCUUAAAGCAUAAAAGCAUCAUCAAGUUCUACACUUCAUGGGUUGAUGAAGAAACCCAAAAAAUAAAUUUUAUUACAGAGAUGUUCACUUCUGGAACUCUUAGAGAAUACCGGAAGAAACAUAAGCGCGUGGACAUCAUAGCUAUAAAGAAUUGGGCUCGUCAAAUCCUGCGAGGGCUGCUUUAUCUGCACAGCCAUGAUCCACCCAUAAUUCACCGAGACCUUAAAUGUGAUAACAUAUUUGUGAAUGGAAAUCAAGGAGAGGUGAAGAUUGGAGAUCUAGGUCUUGCUGCUAUUCUUCGCCAAAGUCAUGCAGCUCAUAGUGUUAUAGGCACCCCAGAAUUUAUGGCUCCUGAACUCUAUGAAGAGGAAUACAAUGAACUAGUUGACAUCUACGCUUUUGGGAUGUGCUUGUUGGAAAUGCUGACCUUUGAGUAUCCUUACAGUGAAUGCUCUAAUCCUGCCCAAAUUUACAAAAAAGUAACAUCUGGGAGAAAACCAGAAGCCCUGUACAGAAUUGAGGAUCCGGAAGUGAGGCAGUUUGUGGAGAAAUGCUUAGAAACUGCUUCUAAAAGGUUGCCUGCUAGAGAUCUUUUGAAUGACCCUUUCUUACAGCUCGAUAAUCAUGAUUCAGAACAUGCACUGCUAAGAACAUGCACACUUGGUGAAAAUGACACCAAAGAUACCAGGAAAGGAGUAAUAAUGGAUCAUAUGGAACAUAGAAACUUGCAUGUAGUAGAUCCUUCCUGUGGGGAUGUGGUUUUAAAUGAGAAUGAAGAAGAUGCUUGGGAGCACAAGAAUGCACAUUUUCCCAGUUUCCCAGAAAAGAAUUCUAAGAAUAAGGACUUUACCAUAAAGGGCAAGAAGAGGGAGGAUGACACAAUCUUUUUAAGAGUGCGGAUUGCAGACAAAGAAGGUCGUGUUCGCAACAUCUAUUUUCCUUUCGAUGUUGAAUGUGAUACAGCCAUGGGUGUUGCCAGUGAAAUGGUAGCAGAGCUUGAUAUCACUGAUCAAGAUGUGGUGGAAAUUGCUGAUACAAUUGAUGAAGAAAUUUCAGCUUUAGUUCCUGAUUGGAAGGGAGGUGUAGCAAUAGAAGACAGUGAUGAAGGAGAUGAGGGUUCUUCUUGUGAUCAUUUUGUCUCUAAACCAAGGGGAAAUGGUUUUCACUUGUCGACUACCUCGUCUGAAACUUCUCUGUUUAACUAUCUCGCGUCUCACAAUCUAGUGGGUAUGCAAUCAGGACCUGUUCCUUCCACCAGAGUAGCAGAUACUGUACAUGGACGCUUUGAAGAAGUAACAUAUCAGGUAAGUGGGUCAGAUGUAUCAUUCUUUGUAGCGGACGAGAUGCACACAAUUUCCACUGAAGCAUCAGACAUUCACCAGGAUGCAGAUGAUUGGUCUAUUGGAGAGGAUUACUCAUCACCUAGCUCUCCACUCUCAAAUAGAUCAGAAGCUGGAAAGUUUUUGCAUACUUCUAGAUUCGGCAAACCUGCAGAAUUGACUAUGCAUGCAGGACUGUUUGAUCACUCAUGUGAAAGAUUGGAACAGAUAAAUCCUGGCUGUUCUUUCUCUGAAUAUCAUGGAUUUCAAAGUAAUGGAUUUUCUGAAGGAUUUGGUACCAGUCUUCAUCAUGAACAGGACUGUUUCAGGCCAGCCAGCAAAUCACAGUGCCUUCAAUCAAUGCCACCAUUUGAUUAUGUGUCAGAUGAUGAAGAAAAUUUUAGAAGUAGGGAGUUAAAGUUAUUAGCUGCCAUGCAUGAGCAGGAAUCUAAAGAACUUAAGAGAAAGCAAGACCUUUCUCUUUUAGAAAUAAAGAAUCGUUUGAGCAAUGAGAAUUGUCUGAGACAUUCUCCAAAUGGUCAGAGGACCAGUCCUAGACCAAAUGUUGCCUAUACAAAUCAGAACCUGCAAAUGAGUGUGAAUGGCCGGCAAGACCUGGUUGAAGAUCAUGGGAAGAGAUAUUCUAGACACUUGAAUCAAGAACUUCAGGAAGAUACGGUUUCAAUAAAGCAAGGCAUAGAAGCUGCCAUUAAUAAUAGAACUUCAGGCAAUUACAAUUCAAAAGUAUCCAAGGAUUUCCCCAUCACCCUGGACAAGUUUCCAAUCUCCAGCCAAGCAACAGUUCUUUCUCAUUCUAAUAGAACUGUCAACCAAAAGGCAUCGGCAAAACGAAGGAUGACUAAAUUCCAAUCCUUUGAUGACCUUAGUGGCUCUGGGUAUCUGAGGUCACUGGCUGCAGAAAUGAGUAGGCUGAGACUUUACCAGACAGUAGGAGUAGUGAGCACAGAAAAGGUCAAAUCCCAUCAUAAUUUUCCGAAUUCUACGAAACCAGCACCACCAGUUCCUAGGACAUCGUCCUUGAGAAAUUACAGUAGUCAAAGGCCCCAGUGAUAUAUUGUAUGGACUUGGAAAUCAGACAAUUUAUUGUGCAUGGGAUUUCUGUUU